CUCACAUUCCUCUCUUUUCCCUCUCCGCAUCUUAUUAUGACUCCCAAACAACCUAGCGAGGCUGUAAAGCAAGAAUUAACUGCUGCACUGGAAACGGCAGCAAAGAACCUACAAGAAGCCUGUGACCUGCUGAAGAAGUUCGGUUCUUUGGAGUUUGAGUCGGAAGACACCAAAGAAGAUGCUAAGAAGAAGCGCAAGCAUAAAGAGAAGGAUCCAAAUGCACCUAAACGACCUGUCAGUAGCUACUUAUAUUUCUGCAACGACCGAAGGGCUCACAUAAAGAAGGAACAACCUUCGAUAGAUCCAAAGGAAAUGGUGAGUUUGCUGGGUAAAGAGUGGCAGGCACUGGACGAAGCCGCCAGAAAACAGUGGGAGCGCAAAGCGAGCGAAGACAAGGAGCGUUAUCAGAAGCAACUUGAAGUAUACAAAUCUGGUCAAGAUUCUGGUAUUCCAAUUGAAGAAGAUCACUCCGAGGAACCUCCCAGUAAACCCAAGAAAGCUAAGGUAGAAGCUAAGGCAAAGGAGACGAAGGCAGAGAAGAAGGAGGAGGCUACUAGCGAUGAAGGCGAGGAAAAAGAAGAGAAGGAGCACAAAAAGGACAAAGCAUCAAAUGGCGAAAAGAAAUCCAAGAAAGACAAGGAGAAGAAAAAGUCUAAGAAAUCCAAGGACGAAGAGUGAUUGAAGAUAAUUCAGUGUUCCUCUCAUAAAGCUUCAACCAACCACCUACCCGCAGACCACUGUGAGCCACCUCCAAUCUAUUACAAAGCAGGAGCCAGUUUACGGCAACAAAAUUUUGCCACAAUCGUUUAACUUUUUUUUUGAUCUGUAUUAACGUUCGUCAAUUCGAUAAAAUCUUGUAAUCUC